AUGACCGAAAGCUCUGUUUCAGCAGACUUCGAGCCUGCACUGCUCUCAUAUGAUGCUCUAUCAGCCUCCCCGUCCGAGAUCUCCGGCGCCUUUGCCCUUCCGUUGCUGGAACGACCAGCAGACUCAGGCCAGCCUCUCUGCAUCAAUGCUCCUUCCCAGACACUAUCACAUCUAUGCCUCUCAUUUCUCGCAUUGAUCCAGCACCUCGAUGUUGACUUCCUCCCCAUAGCCUGGCACUCGGCCCUGGCAGGCGCCCGGCGGGGAGGCACUGCACAGCUACACCAGAUGGCUAUCGAUUGCCAGAGUGCAUUCGCGUUCAAGAGGCUCCUGCCGCUGCGCGGCGAGCAAGGCGAAAAGGACUGGCUGAUGCUUCAAACGGAGGUUUCCGUGCUUGGACAGCCCGCUGUUCUAGGGUGCAAGAACAUCGUCGCCAUAGAAGGACUCACGUGGCAUAUCUCCAGGGAGACAACACAACCGUGGCCUGUGUUGGUAUUUGAGAAAGCAGGGUGGGGAGACCUAAUGUCAUUUGUGGAAAGAGGUCCUGGUGGCGAGAUGGACCUAAGUGCCAGAUUGGAUCUGUGUGCGCAUGUGUUGGCUGCCGUUACGGUGUUGCACGAAACACAUAUUAUACAUGGGGAUAUCAAACCCCAGAACGUUCUUGUCUUUGAUGGAGAUGGAGAGAGCGGCAAAUACCUCGCUAAAGUCGCGGAUUUUGGUUAUUCAGGCGUUUUGCGGAACCCGACGGCGAAGAUUGUCAUACGCGGAACGGAGCUAUGGGCAGCACCAGAGUAUGCGCAAGCCAUGACUGUUGAUUUUGAAACGGCUCGCCGGAUGGAUAUCUUCUCGCUUGGAUGGUUAUGUUUGUGGCUGCUAUUCUAUAACAGACCAGAGACUGGAGGAGGGAGAGGACAAAAUACGUCCGACUUCUUGGCUCAUCGUCAAACCAAGAAAAGCUUGGUCCGUGUCGCCCUGGACCAUAUCAAAACGUCUCGGGGGAUGGACGAGGAAUUGCAAAGGGAUCUAGCUUCUUUUUUUGAGCAGAGUCUCCAGCUUGAUCCUGCCGAAAGGACUGUGGGCUGUCGGACUCUGCAUGGAUUGAUAACUCGAAAAGGGACAGACGAUGUUCCGAUCCCGCCACCGGAAAUUCACGACCUGGAAAUCAAUGAACCUACCUUCAAGAUUGGUAAAUCAUUGCCACAAUUGCUACUGGCCGAUUACAGAAUCCAUCAAUAUAUCACCAAGUGCCUCAAAGACGUCGUUGACUCGGCAGACUGGACGCAUCAUGCAGACAGCACUCUUACUGCUUACGCCGUCGAGCUGGCAUUGUGUUACAAAAUCGGAUUUGGCACAGACAGAGACGAGGCAGCGCUAGAAAAUCUGGCAAGGCGAGCACGAGUCGGAGAUAAAGUGCUGGAAGACGCGCUUGCAGAAAUCAAGGCGUCUUCGGAUGGACCACAUUUCAACAAUCGUGCGUAUCGAGGCAUGAUCGAGAACGGACUGGAUUUUCGCGUGGAUCACGAUCAGAAUUACCUGUCGGAAGGCGUUCUGGACAGUGCAAUUGAGCGUUAUUGCAAGGACGUGGCGAAUAUGUCGGCCGUGUUCGGGCCAACUCACCGCCUUACAUUGAUUGUAUCAGUCGUAUUAUGCUAUGCAUUGAGAACAGCAGGACAGUGGGAAAAAGCCAUCUUACAACGAAUCGAGCUGACCUCGUUCAUCGGCAAGAUCAAAGGCGAGCGUGAUCGAGACACCUUGGCCAGCAAGUCGCAACUCGCCGCCAUAUACCUCGACCUUGACGAACUGGACCAGGCCGAGAAUCUUCUCCUGCAGGUGAGGGAUGGUCUGAUGGAUUUAGCGUCAGGCAAAGAUAAUGAGGUACAAGAAAAUUCACAAGCAUUGGCAGAGGUAUUUCGCCGAAAAGGUAAAUGGCAAGACGCUCAAGACCUUCUUCUCCCUGCACUGGAAGAGAGAGAGCGGUCACUGGGACUAAAUCACCCAGAUACAUUGAGACUAGUCUCUAAGCUCGCGGCCUUAUACCUGUCGCAGAAUGAAUUCGACUCGGCCCAAAAAUUGUUGGAAAGACUUGUUGAACAUGAGAAAUGGCGUCUGGGAAGCAGUCACAGUAGAACGCUUACAAGCAUGUCCCAGCUGGCCACAGUGUAUUAUCACCAGGAGAAGCUAGAAGAAGCGGAGAAGCUGUACAAGCAUGUGGAAAUCAAGAGGACCGAGCUCCGUGGUGAAGAGCACAAAGAAACUCUCAUUGUCCGUUCGAAUCUGGCCAGCUUGUAUAAAAAGCUCAACAAGUAUGACGAGGCAGAGCAACUCGAAGAGCACAUUUUAAAGACCAAGGUCAGAAAGUUUGGUAAGGACAAUGCGUCGACUCUAACCACAAGAGGCAACCUGGCUCUCACAUACGCCUUUCAAAAAAGGUGGGAGGAGGCUCGUUCACUGGGGUCUGAGGUGGUUGAGGCGAAGCGCCGGGUACUUGGUCCAGACCAUCCAAGUACCCUGCGGAGUAUAUGUAACUUGGCAGAAGCUCACGUGGAAUUGAAAGAGACAGGAGAAGCAAGAGCACUUUUGCUACAAGGACUUCAAGAUGCUCUUGAUGCUGGCAGGGCUGGAGAAUUCGAGAUGGAGCUGCUAGAGGCAGCUCUGGCGGACCUUGCUCCAGCGGUUGCGCAAUAG